GAAAACUUGUGUUCAGCAGUCAAUUUUAUCAGCGUUUUUAAACAGAAAACGCUUGUAAACACGGCAAAUUGCGUUUAUAAGCGUUUGAAAUUUUUUUUUAAACUCUUCCAGUUCCCGAUGCUGUCCGGAGCCUUUUUUCAUCAUGAAAAAUGCAUGCAAUGUGUUUUCAAGGUACUCAAAUGGACAAAACACUGAACACAGGAUGUUCCUACCAAAUUUGUUCAUUACAAAGCUUCACACCUCAGACCUCUCCCACCCUUGGAAACAAAAGAUAUGUUAAUGACCAUUCACACCUCAAAUUCCUCAUGA